CCCUAGUAAAGAUUGUUUCUCUAGUACCCCCACGACUGCAAUCUUCGAUUAGCUGUUUUUUUUCGGACGAGGUGCGCAGUACAAGUACAACUAGCCACCUGAAGUUGAAGACCUCCUUACCCUUCGAAGAAUCAAUAGCUACGCCGACAUUAUGGCUCCUUGCAUAGUGCGUGCGACAGACCUGCCGCCACGGCGGAGCGAGGGAGGCGGGUUUAUCAUCGCAGACAUCCUGUCGGCCUAUGAGUACAACGAGACGGACCCGUUCCUCAUCUGGCACGAGCUCCCCAAAAAGCACAUGGCGCGAGGCGAAUUCCCCGGAGCGCCCAUGCACCCCCACCGAGGUUCAUCAUUUGAGUCUUGUUCGUAGAAGUAGUUAUCUGCGUGGAUCGUGAUCUUCAAUAGGAAUAGCAACGCUGACGCACCACAACUUAGUCGUAAUAUUGAAUCCUCUAAAAAAGGAGCUUGUUGUAUUGAAACCGCCCGGAAAGGACGAGCGGAAAAGUGAAUGUGUGUGAGCAUGGAAAAAGGAGCAUCAACAUAAACAUAAAGAUGCAACAUCGAGCUAGAGGCGUUUGUCGUGCUUCAUCGUCCAUUUUCUGAGUCGUGCGCAACGGAUUUUUCUGAGAGCAAAUGAGCAACUAUUUUCAAUCCAGGUUUCAGCGAGGUCCCUUAUUUCAAGCGGAUGGGCGAGACGAAGUACACAAGAAAAGUGGCCGGAAAAGAGGUCGACGGGCGCAUGGGGGACGGGGACGUGGAGUGGGGAAUGGCGGCGCACGGCAUCGAGCACGGCGUUGUGGUGGACAGCAACUGGUCCGGCGAGAUGCACGGCUUCCAGCUGUGGGUGAAUCUGCCUGACAAAAACAGAAUGGAUCCCCCGGAAUUUCAGAACGCCGCAUCCGCAUCCAUGCCGGUAUUUGACUACCCGAAGAGCAACUUGAAGUGUAAAGUUCUCGUCGGGGAGCUCUGCGGCAACAAGAGCCCAAUCCAGCCAAAAUUCACGGAAGUCAACUACUUCGAUUUCGAGAUGCGGCCCGGGGGCUACAGCAACCCCGCGCAGGUGAGCAUCCCGCUCGUCCACGUGAGACGGAUCCUGUACUGCUACAGCGGCACGCUCUGCAUCUGCCCACAGGAAUCCCAAAACGUCCACCACCAGCCCCCGGAAGCUGGGCGGGCCAGAGCAGAUGGGGCGAUACAGGUAUGACGAUAAGAGGAACGCAUUAGAAAUGAUGUUGAGCAUGUUCAUGCUAUGUGGGUGGCGUGCAGGAUGAUUUCAACAUGUGAUAAGUUUUUUGUGUUGCGCUUUCACUUCCUUUUCGCUAGCAGGUUGCUGGUCGACUUAUUCUUUUCCGUUCGUGUUUUAGCCGAAGCCGAAGCCCUCGGUAAGUUGACAGCAAGAAAAUAAUCAACACCUCGCACCAGCCGACAACCGCGUCUGCGCAUUCCGCUCCGCAUCCUUCCGCGCAGGGCGACGAAGCGACCUUCAGAAAGGUGUGCGGUCGAUCUUCAUCUUCCUGCGUUCCAAUUUGCAUUUGGCGCACAGCCACAGUGUCAGUUGUUUUUGCGUUCAUUCUUGCGCGACCCGCAUGAAAAUGAUUUUUGCAGGGGAUGGUUGGCGUUCAUCAUACACAUACUUAUAGUACUUAACGACAAAAAUUUUGUCACAAAAUAUGAAAGAAAUUAAAAAUAAAUUCAUACUCCAACAGAUCCACACCGGCGAAGUUGCGAUGCUGGGCGAGCACGGCGACGAGCUUUUGUUGUCCAACAUGUCCGAAGACUGCAUGUUUCUCCUCAUUACGGGAACCCCGCUCCGAGAACCCUGCGUGCAGUACGGACCAUUCGUGAUGGGCAACAAGCAGGACGUCAUGCAGGCGUUUUCCGACUUCCAAACGGGCAAACUGACCGAGAAGCCGGCGAAGUACACUAGGUAUGGGUACUAGAAAAUAGAGGCAGAUGAACCAGAAGCAGAGCAUCACCUUCAUCAACACGAGGCUGUUUGUAAGAGUUGGUUGCACAACGAACGUGACAGGAGAAAAAAAUAAUGGAGUGGAGGAGUUUAUGUGUAUGAUGCAACAAGAGCAGGAGCACGUGAGUUGAUUAGCUGCUUUUCUUUCUUCAUAUGUACGAUUCUCUUCUUCACGAAUCACGAUCACAAAGAAACCAAGCCAAAGCCCGCAGUGGAUGACCACCAUGUAGUUGAAUCAAGGUUAGCUGCCUCAGGAUGUACAAAUACAAUUUGGAUUGGACUAUCCUGCAUCGACCAUGACACAUAAACAUACAUGAUGCAGCAGCGCUUACGGUGAGUGGCGGUGACGACUGCCCAACACAAAACAUUUAGAUUUACGACCUUGAUGAAAGAUAAAGAAAUAGAAGGAGCGGAGGUUCUUGUCUAUCUUUGUGCUAAAGGGCCAUCGCGGGUGCUUCUUUUUGCGAUUUUGUUUAAGGAUUCGUGUCGGUCCCUCUACUCUUUUUUUCGACGCUUGAGGUGGAGAUGAUUCGGCAGUACUUCUCUGCCUGACCAACAAAUCUUCGACAUCGGCUGCAUGAGAAAUGUGCAUCCCUUUGUCGGUGAUUUGUCAUUCAAGAAGAGUAUAAUCUAUCCGCAAGAAAAACAAAGAGCUCCGGUGUCGGUCCUGAUCUGGGAAAAAUGAAAAUCAGUAACGGAGAAAACGAUCGUCCACCAGAACCAAAAUCUUCGGUAGAGCUAGAUGAGGGGAACAGAA